CCUCCCAUGAAAUGCUCACCUGAUCACUCGAGGUUUAAUACAUUGAUAUAAUAAGAGAAUGGCAACACGAUACGCCCGUCCGUUACCCACUGAUCCCGACAGAAUUUUCGUGGCUGCGAUUGACUUUGGCACGACCUAUUCGGGUUAUGCUUUCUCUUUCCAACAGAAUCACAGCAAAAUUAACACGAACCAGGCAUGGAUAUCGGGACACAGGAAUCUGUUCUCCCUCAAAGCACCGACAUGUGUCCUGUUAAAACCCGAUAAAUCUUUUCAUUCAUUUGGUUAUGAGGCAGAAGGCAAAUAUACAGAUCUCUUCCAGGAUGACAAACAUGAGGAUUGGUACUUUUUCAAACGCUUCAAAAUGACGCUACACAACAACAUGAAACUACGACGGGAUCAUACUAUACCUGAUAUCACUGGGGAGAAAGCAAUGCCUGCUACGGUCAUAUUCGCACACGGUAUUAAGUACCUGAAAGAUCACCUGAUGGAUCAUGCAAAGACGAAAGGAAUAUAUGAAUCGAUUGCGGAUAAGACACACUGGGUACUGACCGUCCCUGCAAUCUGGAACGACAGCGCCAAGCAGUUUAUGCGAGAGGCUGCACAAAACGCUGGCAUAAAGGAACACAAUCUUACAAUCGCACUAGAACCGGAAGCUGCUGCUCUUUACUGCAGAACACUUUCGGUGGAAAAGUUGGACACUGGGUCGAACAAAUCCCUAACCAUGUUUAAGCCAGGGACAGAAUACGUGGUACUGGAUCUGGGAGGUGGUACUGUUGACGUAACUGUGCAACGAGUACUUGAGGAUGAUAAAUUAGAGGAGAUAUUCAAAGCAAGCGGAGGAGCCUGGGGCGGGACUAAGGUUGACGAGUCCUUUCUUCAGCUUCUAGUGCAGAUAGUCGGAGCUCGUGUCAUGGAAAAUUUCAAAAAACAUCACACAGGCGAUGAAAUAGAGUUAUUUAGAGAAUUUGAAACGAAGAAAAGAACAAUAACAAACGAUUGUUCCAACAAGGUGACGCUUAGAAUGCCUUACCAACUGGGCGAGUUGUUUGAGGAGGAAUUCGGCGUUACCCUCAAAGACACUAUCAGACAGACAAAUUUCAAAGGAAAGAUGACUUGGACAGGAGACAAACUUAAAGUUGAUCCAAACUUGAUAAAAGAUCUUUUCAAAUUGUCAGCCGAUAGCAUUGUGGAGCACAUUCGAGAUCUUUUAAAGAAAGAAACUUGUAAGAACGUCUCAACUUUCCUGAUGGUCGGGGGUUUUUCGGAAUGUGUUCUUAUACAAGACGCCAUUAGGUCAAACUUUCCAGACAAGCGCAUCAUCAUUCCAGAGGACGCAGGUCUUGCAGUCGUUAAAGGUGCCGUGUUAUUCGGGCAUAAUCCACAAACCAUCAUCUCCCGGAAAGCGAAAUAUACUUACGGCAUUUCAAUAACACGCCCAUUUACAUCCAGCGACCCUAUCCAGAAGCGUAUCACUGUAAGAGGGCAGGAUAAGUGUAGUGACGCAUUCUCAAAGCACGUGGAGGUUAAUCAAAAGGUCAUGGUCGGAGAACCGCUUGAAACGCAACGAUACACACCUCUUUACGCAGACUCAACUAGUGUCGUGGUGAAGAUAUUCAUCUCUGAUGAGGAAAACCCACGAUACACGACUGAUGCCUCCUGCAAUUACUUAGGAAAGAUCGUGGUACCGUUGUCCCCAGGGUCAGACGAAAACACAAAUAUUGAGGUUAGAAUGACAUUUGGUGAUACAGAGCUGGCGGUAGAGGCUACACAAGAAGAUAGGAAACCUCUUAUGGCGACUUUUGAUUUCCUUGACCAUUGAUUUUUUUGCAAUUUCUGCGCAAGCUCAAAACAAGAAAUACUCUAUUGAAUUAAACAGUUUAUUUACUGGUUGGAUGAAAUAGCCCCAGUGAACUUACUAAAUUCCCCGCGGAAUAGCCAGUUCAAUUUUGGAGCGGAAUCUCCUUAAAGCAGUCGAUGACUACCAUGAACACCAUACGCGAGGUUCGUCGCAUGACGUCCUGAUCAGUUGGGUAAAUUGUCUUGCCCAUGGACAUUACCACGUCAGCAGCACAGAGACACCGCAACGGAUAGGAAGCGUCGAACCAGGCACCUCGGAUGUUCACUUGAGGUUACGUAGGUCAAUUGUCGAACCUUCUGAGUUAUAGCGCCUCCGAAUGCAAAUUUGAACCGAGAAGUGUAUAAAACAAUUAUACAUAUACCUGAUUAAUUACGCAAAUCCAGUUAUGUUUUUUCUCUUAGUAACAUAUGCCAUAAAAUCACC